CAGCACAGUACAACGCAACACAAUGCAUAAAGUUAUGAUGCGGCCGAACCCAAUACUGUCUUUGACGCUGCAUCUUCCAUCUCCAUUUCACUGUUGGAAAUCCUGCGAUUCUUCAGGUUUAAUUUCUCAGCUGUUGUAAAUUGCUGCGUUAUUAUUACACUUAUUUGGUAAGUUUCGCCAACAGAUUCGGGGCAAAUCGUAAGUCCAUCUACUUUUAUUGGAUAACUCUUGUUGGAUAUCAUUUUCGAUUUGGGUUUGCCUUCAGUCAAGUCUUGUUUCAAAUAUCGUCUUGUAGAAUGAAUGAUUCAUUUGCACUUUUUGGAUUCAAUAUUUGUUUCUUCCGAUUUUUUAUCUAAAUAAUGAGCAGCGGAUCCCACUUCUGAUUGAGGGAAAGAGGAGGGGGGGGGGGGGAGAAAAGAAUUAGGGAUUGUUCUUUGCGAAACUUGGUUUUGAUUCAAGGGUCUGUAAUGCAAGGAGGGUCAGGUCAAAACUCAAAUCUUCCUUCUGGAUCCAUGGAUAAGUCAAAGGUUUUAGAUGUUAAACCUUUGCGCACUUUGGAACCUUUGUUCCCAAAUUCAGCUCAGGCUGCUACCUUCGAUGGCGCCUGUUCCACUGGGUUUUAUUCCUUUUUCCCAUUUGGUGCAUCCCAAGGACCUCAAGCAUCGCCUCCUAAGGUUCCCAUGCCAACUCCAAUACGGUCUUUUAGAAGCUCUGAUACUGGAGAAGCAAUCGCGGCUGAGUUUCCUGGAGCAUCCAAUGGAGAAUAUACUGAUAGCCAUGAUCGUGCAGCACCAAACAAAUCCAGAUCCUCCAAAAAGAAGCCUAAGAUAAGUCAAGAUCUGCAAAUUGAUGCGAGUUCUUUAUUUGGCAUUAGCAAAAAUGAACGUGAAGAUGGUAGUCGGGAAUUGGUUAAUCUUAUACUUAUGACAUUUGAUGCGCUUAGGAGAAGGAUCAGCCAGCUUGAGGAUUCCAAGGAAUUGACACUAGGAUUGAGCAAGCGAGCGGAUAUGAGAGCUGGCAACAUUUUGAUGAGUGCAGGGAUUCGAACAAACAUGAGGAAAAGAAUAGGAGUUGUGCCUGGGGUUGAGAUUGGGGAUAUUUUCUUUUUCCGACUAGAAUUAUGUAUUGUGGGUCUGCAUAGUCAGUCUAUGGGUGGGAUUGACUACACAAAUGUUGGUGGUAAGAAUGAGUCUGAACCUGUGGCUUUAGCCAUUGUUUCAUCUGGAAAAUAUGAUGACAAUGCAGAGGAUAGUGAUAUUUUGAUCUAUAGUGGUCAGGGUGGGGAUAAGGGGGAUGAUCAGAAACUAGAAAGGGGUAAUCUUGCUCUGGAUAGAAGCUUGCGACAGAAGAACGUUGUCAGAGUAAUACGGGGCAUAAAGGAUCAAAUGAAUUCAACUUCAAAGGUCUAUAUUUAUGAUGGGCUGUAUAAAAUCCAGGAUUCAUGGAUAGAAAAGGGGAAAUCUGGUGGUGGUGUAUUCAAGUACAAGUUUGUGAGAGUGCCAGGGCAGCCCAGGGCGUUUGCUGCUUGGAAAUCUAUUGAAAAGUGGAAAGCUGGCAUCACUUCUAGGACUGGGCUCAUUCUUGCAGACCUCUCCUCGGGUGCUGAGAAAAUUCCUGUGUCGCUUGUCAAUGAUGUUGAUGAUGAGAAAGCACCUGGUUAUUUCACUUAUCUCCAUUCUCUUAGAUAUUCAAAAUCCUUCAUGGUUUCACAUCCUUCUGAUUAUUGCAACUGUCAAAAAGAUUGCAGUCCUGGUGAUUUGAACUGCUCUUGUAUUCAGAGAAAUGAAGGUGAUUUUCCAUACACAGGGAAUGGAAUUCUAGUGAGUCGGAAGAAAUUGGUUCAUGAAUGUGGCCCUUCAUGUCAAUGUUUUCCUAACUGCAAAGAUCGUGUAUCCCAAAAUGGUUUAAAGUACCAUAUGGAAGUGUUCAAGACAAAGGAUAAAGGAUGGGGUCUUCGAUCAUUGGAUCCCAUUCGUGCAGGUACCUUCAUUUGUGAGUAUGCCGGAGAGGUUAUUGACAGAGCCAAGGUAAGUUGGAAUAGCAAUAAUGAUGAGUAUGUGUUUGACACAACUCGAAGUUAUCAUCCAUUCAAGUGGAACUAUGAACCUAAGUUACUCGAAGAAUCUAGUUCAGAUGAUUCUAGUGAGGAUUACAACAUUCCAUCUCCUCUAAUUAUUAGUGCCAAGAAUGUUGGAAAUGUGGCUAGGUUCAUGAAUCAUAGUUGCUCCCCAAAUGUCUUUUGGCAGCCAGUUUUAUAUGAAGAAAACAAUCAACCCAUUGUCCAUAUUUCUUUCUUUGCCCUUAAACACAUUCCUCCACUGACAGAAUUGACAUAUGAUUAUGGGAUCACCCGUUCUGAUUCUACUGUGGGUCACAGUGCACCCAGAUGGAAAAAGAAAUGCUUUUGUGGAUCAUCAAAAUGCCAGGGUUCUUUUGGUUGAUGGAUUUUGUUAGAGAUGAUCACAGGAAGGCAUGGUGCCGCCAAAUGUGGUCAUGACUGACAAGGUUUGAGGAUCUUUAUCGUCUCCUAAGUUUAUAGCGGUUAAGAUUUGAAUUGAUCAGUGUUACAAAAGCACUUUUUUUCCUUAAUAGUGAUUUCCAUUUUCUAGGAAAUAAGAAUUUUAAGGCCUUCAUAACAGAUGAAUGGAUGCUUAAUGUCUGAAUUCAUUUUAGUUUUUUAUACCUCCCAUUUUUUAUUAUAUUUUUACCCAUGUAGGCCUUAAUUUUGCCUUAGGAAGAAAAGCAUUUUUUUAUAUAUGUUCUUGAUGCUAUAAUCUUAUAAUUAGUCUUCCAAACACUUAUAUAAUCCAACAAGUUUUGUUUUCUCUUCUCUCUACUCAGUCUCCCAGAUUAGGUAUGUGUUAAUCCUUAACUUGUUCUUUUCUAAUUGUAUCUUACAUGUUUUACAUCCAUACCUAAUUUUAAUCAUUCCAAACCGAAAAUAAACUUUUUCAUUCCAAAUCACUAUUUCUUCUCUCUUUGUUCUUUUUGCGGUUAUGGAAGCCAAGCUAAAGAAUUAAUGUUUAUGCUGUUGUACAACUGAAAGGAAUUGAAGAGGUGCUUCUCUUUCUGCUCUAUUUCCUCCUCCUUUGCUUUAAGGUAUUAUGUUUCUUUUGUGUCUGCCAGAAAUGAUUGUCUGCAUGUGUAAGCCUUUUUUCAUUUAUAUAUAUAUAUAUAUAUAUAGUGCCAAGCUAAUAACCUGUGCCCACUCUUCUACAACUUUUUAUUUUUGAAGCUUUAAUUCUUGGGGCAUUGGUCAAAUUAGUUUUCCUGAUUAAGGUCCAUUAAAUUGCAUUAUCUAAGUUCAGUUCAGACACUAUCUGGUCCCAGUAAUAUGACUUGGACCUUGAGUUCUGACAUUCUCACAAGCUCUGCGCCUGCAGCCCCAGUGCCCACACAAGCUGGCCAUUUACCAGCUUCUUAGCUGGUGUUGGGAUGACCAUGGAAAGCUUUGAUAUCUAUUGACUCAACUUGAGCCAAUAACUCAUUCUAAAAGAUUAGUCUAUUGGGUGAAAGACAGUGAUUCAAGGCUUUAAGUAUCAUAUACAAGUUUUGAAGGUUGCUUGACAAGAGACAUCAUUCACCAUCAAGGGUUUUACUUGUUGAAAUUUUUGCGCAUGUGCAUGUUGAUGUAUGAUUCAGACUGUUUCCCAUGUCAACUGUUGGCUCGUUGGUCUUUAUUUAAAAAAUAAUCAACUAGUGUUGAUAAAGCUUAACAAAAUGCAUGGAGACACCUGGCUUAGAAGUCUGCCAAGAAUAAUUUUCUUUUUUGGAUAAUUAAUAAAAUCUUGGUUCGAAACAAGCAAAUAUUUUUGUCUAACGCAUUCUGUCCUUGCAACAGAUCAGGAACAGAAGUUCCAUUUAGCUGAUGCAUGCUUGGAUAUGCGUUGCCGAAAAGAAAUAGCAUGGAUAUUUUUUUCCCCACCAACUUUAUGACAAAUUGAGAAGUUUUGCAAUUCUGUUCUUGCUCAAAUUUAAGUUAGUUGUGUUGCAUGGUAUAAGGGGAAGAGCAUCUGUAGUGAAAUUCAUGGCAUCCAAACAGUCUUUAAAGCAUCAGUUCCAAUGGAGACGAAGCCUGUUUGAUACAGGUUAAAAUCAAAUGUUACAACACUUGAAAUUGCUAAUGAAAUAUUCCUCUCAUCUUAUUUAUGAGGUAGAGAGAGAGAUUAUUUAUUUUAAUCUUAUUUAUAGGUACCUCAAUGAUUAUUGUGUUCA